AUCACAAUGAGCAAGGAAAGAAAGGAUAGCUCAUCUUGCAUUGCACUGUCAGUUUGGCUACUUUUCCAAGAUAGCAUGUUCUGAAUGACUUGUGCAAGAGAAGGACAAGUGUAUGUACAAAGAUGAGGUUCAGCCGGGGCUUGUUUCUCCUGUUGAUUGCGUACGUGGGUCCUCUUAAUGCAUUUUGGUGGGCGAAUCAAGGUGCCACAAAGGCCCCUACAGUGGACAAAGACAGUGGAAGAACCAGUGAAGACAAGAACAUUGGUGAUGUAGGGUCGGAUGUCAUAGAUGUAGCCACAGGAUUUGUGCAGAACUGGGACCAGAAGCCAACUGUGAACUGGAAUAAUGCUGUCACAAUGAGGACACCUGGCAUCUCCUCGAAGCGUGGCCAUUCGAAAACGGGUAAUGAUAAGUCUUUAUCAGAGGAAGUCAAACAUGAAAUAAAUGUCAAAGGUUCCUCAGGUGAUGCCAGUGGGUCAGGCUUAGGCUCAGGGCCCACUUUGGCUCAGGAAGGCAAAAAAACAACCAACCUUACAGGGACAUGGGUUUCUGACAGCAGGAUUAGUAUAAUUAGCACCCCUAAGGACUCCACAAACUGCUUACCAAGAGGCUCUGACUGGCCUUUCUGUGUAUCUCAUGGUGAAGUCACAUUUUCUGUACCUAAUUUUUUUAACCACACCCAGGCAGAGGAUGUGGUAGCUGUAUUGAAUGAAUGGGAUUGGCUCCUGCGUUCAGGCUGCCACCAUGGUUUGGAAUGGUUCUUUUGCCUACUACUGGCACCAAGAUGCCAUCAGCCCUCUGAAAAGUCUGGGAUAGUCCUGCUACCCUGCAGGACUUUCUGUGAGGUGCUGCUGGACAGCUGCUGGACAGUCCUACAGGAGAGGGGCCUGCCUGUGGCCUGCCACACCCUCCCCGAGGGACCAGAGCCCAGUCAGCCAUGCAUAACCGUUAGUAACCACAAAGAAGAGAGUGGAGUCUCCCUGCUGCAGCUUAUUGGAAACCCUCCGCCUGAAGAUAUCACCCAGGUUCCAGGUUCCAGUCAAACCGCUUACCUCUUCACAAAAGACACAAGAACGGGGCAGAUGGCACGUGCCCACCUUCCCGCUCAUUUCUACCGAGACUUCUCUCUCGUCUUCCACUUGAAGCCCUCCUCAGAUGACGCUGGGGUCAUCUUCUCCAUCACAGACUCCAAACAAAAAAUCAUGUACGUGGGGGUCAAGCUCUCAGCUGUGGAGGAUGGCAAAAGGAAAGUUAUUUUUUAUUACACAGAGCCUGAUUCAGAUAGAUCUCAAGAGGUGGCCAGCUUUGAGGUGACACACAAGCCUCUGGAGUGGAGCCGUUUCUCUCUGGCUGUUAAUCUGGACCAGGUGUCUUUCUACGAGGACUGUGAUACUGAGCCCAAGAUGGUGAAGUUUGAGCGCUCACCUGACGACUUGGAGCUGGAGACAAACUCCAAGAUCUUUGUUGGACAUAGUGGAACUGAUGACCCAGACCAAUAUCAAGGCUUGAUCUCAGAGUUAAGAGUGGUUGGAAACCCACGGGCUGCAGAGCGUCACUGUGAUGAAGCUGCUGAUGAUGAUGAUGAUGAUGACUAUGACGCUUCUGGAGGAAACGGAAGUGGAACAGAGCCUCUGUUUGAUUUAGAACAUGAUUUACCCCUGCCUUCACAACAUGCAGUGCGCAAGCCUAUGUUGGACACAGAUGACCAUCAGAGAGAGACAGGUUUCUCUGGCGCUAAAGGAGAUAAAGGGUUGAGGGAAGAGAAGAGGGACCAAGGAGACGGCGGAUUCACAGGGCCAAAACGUGAUUGUGAAGCUAAUGGGACUUCAGUCACAGGUGGAGCUUGUGGACAGAAGGGUGAUCGUGGAGAGAAAGGAAUGAAGGGUAGUGCGGGGUCUGGAUAUCCUGGCCCCAAAGGUGAUCCUGGGCCUCCAGGACCACCUGGACCACCUGGGCCUCAGGGUCCAGAAGCAGAAUUGUUAGAAUCGGAGGGUAAAAUGGUGAAGAGGGUGCAGGGUCCAAUGGGCCCACGAGGUCCAGGGGGCCCACCGGGUCCAAAGGGCCCAAAGGGCCCAAAGGGGGAGCCAGGUAAACCAGGAAAGGACGGAAAGCUUGGCUCUGAAGGACCUCAAGGUUUUCAAGGACUACCUGGUUCUAAAGGGCAGAAGGGAGAGAAAGGGGAAGGACAACAAGGACCUAGAGGUCUACCUGGGCUGCCUGGACCUCCUGGACCCUCAAUCUCAGAUAGGACUACAUUUGCAGAUAUGGAGGGUUCUGGAUGGACGGGUCCAUGUUGUCCUCCUGGUCCACCUGGGCCUCCUGGGCCCCCUGGACCUCCAGGACCAGAAUGGGGAAUUGGAUCAGAAUUAGAGUCCACUGAAAUUGGCCCAACUGGUCCUCCUGGACAAAAUGGGUUCCCUGGGCGUCCUGGGCGUCCAGGUCAACCUGGAAAACCUGGUCCUCCUGGUCCCCCAGGCCCAAAGGGAGACUGUGGUGAGCUUGGCUUGCCUGGAGUUGCAGGGGAAAAGCAAAGCUCCUCCUCUGCUUUCUCUUUUUUCUCCAAUUGGUUUCCUUCCUGGGAGACUAGUGCGGCGCAGGGUCCAAAGGGUUCAUCAGGGAUUCACAGGGCAGGAAGGUCUGGUUGGGCUUGCCUGGGCCUAUGGGACCUCAAGGACCUCCAGGGCCGCCUGGACCCCCUGGACCUGCAUUCAGAAUUACUACAAAUGGGACAGAAAAUGAAAGUUGCUCUUCAAUACAUUCCAGGAGUCAUGGGGCCACCAGGACCACAGGGUCCUCAGGGGAUACCUGGACUACCGGGCACACCCGGUUUACCAGGUAUCGCAGGCCAGAAAGGAGAUGAAGGUCAAAGAGGACGAGAGGGAAUCCCAGGGUUAGAUGGCUUUCCAGGGAAAAUAGGGCUAAAGGGAGAAAGAGGAUGGAAAGGUGACAAAGGUGAAGCUAGUCGUGCGGUAGGACCUCCAGGACCGCCAGGGCCACCCGGUCCUCCAGGACAAAUGAUCUAUAUUAAUGGCAGCGGAGAACCCGGUGUAGCUGGUCAGGCAGGAUUUCCUGGACCAAUGGGUCCGAAAGGUGAUCAGGGGGACCCUGGGCUGCCAGGAGACUCUACUAAGGGUCAGAAGGGUGAACCUGGUGUAAUCGACAUCAGAGGUAGCAUCUUUGACUUGGCUGAAGAGCUGUCAUGGCUAGGAGCUCCAGGACCAGUGGGACCUAUGGGACCGGUGGGGCAACCCGGACCAAAAGGUGAAAUAGGAUUACCAGGAAGACCAGGUCGACCUGGUCUGAAUGGAAAAAAGGGGGCGAAAGGUGAUUCGGGUGGAGGGUAUGGCGUUGGCUAUCAGGGACCCCCUGGUCCGCCUGGGCCACCCGGUCCUCCUGGACCUCCAGCUCCUGGGGAAAGACUGAAUGGUUAUGAUGAUCGCGGCUCAAGGUUUCCCUAUGCUAUCAAAGGGGACAAGGGUGAAAGAGGAACACCUGGCAUCCCUGGUUUGCCAGGUCUCACUACCACCUUUGACAUUUAUGCAUUUAAGCAUGAGAUGAAAGGUGAGCUUGGUCCUAAAGGGGAGAAGGGAGAACCAGGAGGAGGUUUCUACGACCCUCAUCGUGGUGGAGUACAAGGUCCACCUGGAAGACCUGGACCACCGGGCCCUAGAGGUGAAUCUAUUAGUGGACCUCCAGGUCCUCCGGGGCCUCCUGGAGCCCCAGGAAUCGGUUAUGAGGGUCGCCCAGGUAGUCCUGGCCCACCAGGUCCACCUGGACCACCGGGAUCACUGCUGCCAGAUGCAUACAGACCUUCACAAACAAUCAGUAUUCCUGGGCCACCUGGGCCACCCGGACCUCCUGGAACCCCUGGACGUUUACAUGGGGUUAUGUUUUUGAGGUCUUUUGACAUCAUGGCUGCAUCAACUAUUCAUCAUCCAGAAGGCACGUUAAUCUAUGUGACAGACAGCAGAGAACUUUAUAUGAGAGAACAGGAUGGUGUCAGAGAAGUCCUGCUUGGAGAAUAUACCCCUUUCCCCAGGAGUCAGGAUAAACAGUUGGAAGCAGUGGUUCGCUACUCUCAGGACUACCCCACUACUUCAUCCCCACAAGCUCCUCCACAACGAGAAGACCAGUAUCCUGUGCCACACGAUCCCAGAUACCACCCAUCAUAUGACCCAUACAACAGACACACAUUUCCACACUCCUUUCCCCCAACCGAUCCACAGCACUCUCCAUCAGUCGACCUAAUUCACCAGCACCAUCCUGAUUCCAGAAAGCACAUUCCCAGCAGCCACCCGGAUCAGUCUGGCUAUCCUGACAGAAGAUAUGACCGUACGCACCACCUCAGGCCUGUCAUUGAUGAAGCCAAGCUUCCAGCUCACAUACACACAUCAGGUCCUGCGCUGCACCUGAUUGCUCUCAACUCCCCCCAGCGGGGCGGCAUGCGGGGCAUUAGGGGUGUAGAUCACCAGUGCUUCUUACAGGCACAAGCAAUUGGGCUCAAAGGAACAUUCAGGGCUUUCCUGUCAUCCGGCUUACAGGAUCUGCACAGUAUUGUUCGAAAGAUUGACAGGGAUCGGUUUCCUAUAGUAAAUCUUCAGGAUGAGGAAUUAUUCAGUAACUGGGAAUCCAUCUUUAGUGACUCAGAAGGCAGGUUGAAUGAUAACGUGAGCAUCUAUUCAUUUGAUGGUCGAGAUGUUCUCAAAGAUGAUGCCUGGCCAGAGAAGAUGCUAUGGCAUGGAUCAAGCACUCGUGGAAACAGGCAAACGGACAGCUACUGUGAAACAUGGCGAACUGAUAGUCCUGCAGUCACAGGCAUGGCUUCCUCUCUCCAAGAUGGCUACCUUCUUCAGCAGCUGCCACACAGCUGUGCCAGCUCUUUCAUCGUACUGUGCAUCGAGAACAGCUACACUGCUGAGUGAACCAAAACAUGUGCUUGAGUCACAUCACAAACUGAUACUUGGUUUGUGACUAGUGGUUUUGUAUGUUCAUCUAUGUGUAUUUUAGAUUAAAAAUUGGACCAUUUAUUUUUUGUUUUAAUGUAUUAACUGCUGUGUGACAGCCAUCAGUAUAUCAAAUGAUAUACGCUACUCCGUAAGCCUUACAACAAACAUUUUAUCAGAGCAGAAAAUAUACAAUGAAAUACUUGAGUAUUUGAAAAGAAAAAUCAGACUAAACAUUUAAAAUACAGCCUUCGCAAUGCCUUGCUUCAUUCUAAAUUUUAAUGACUAAUUCUCUUUAAACUACUUUGUUGUCAUUCACAUUUGUAUUUAAAAUGCUUUUAUAUAAACAUAACUAUGUAACCUUUUUACAUUUUUAUACUUUGCAACUCAAUCACAUCAAACUUUCCAUAAUUGUAGUGCAAAACGACUAGUUGACUUUCUCUAACGAAAGAUGACUUGAAAUAGGUAAAUCAUUGUUAGUUUUUUUUAAUAUUUAUUUUAUUUUUUACACUACUACAGCCUGCUGUAUUUUACAGUCGACCACUAAAAAUCUGUUUUUUACUGCAUUUUCAAUGGCACUUACAUUAAUUAAUAAAUACAACCUCUAUUUUUUACUCGUCACUGGUUGUUUCACUCUUAAAAAUACUGUAAUAUUUACUUGGAAAAUACACUCAAGGUUCCAAAAGGGGGUUUUCACAGCGAUGCUAUAGAAGAACCAUUAUUGGUUCCCCAAAGAACCUUUCAGUGAUCAGUUCUUUAAAAAGAACCACUUUUUUUCUUAGUGUGAAGAACAUUCUAAAAAUCUAAAGAAACUUAUAAAGAAACAAUGCAAUGGAAUGUUGAAGGUUCUUCAUGGAACCAUCGAUGCCAAUAAAGAACCUUUAUUUUUAAGAGCGUAAAGUCAAUUCCUAGUUACUAGUCAUACUGACCCCAAUCAUUUGAAUGAUAGUGUACAGUAUAUGUAACAAUAUUGCCAGUUAUUCUUGUCUAUUUAGCUACAGCAUGAACUACCAUUGUGUCUCUGAGCAUCGAACAGUAGUGUGGAUUUGUUUCUGAAUGAAUCAGUUUUUUUGAGCGAAUGAUUCAAUGACUCACUCAUAACACAGAAAGACACUUGGUGCCAUAAUGAUAGAAAGGGGUCCUGAAAAACCUCAUUUACACAUUUAUGAUGUUUCUCUCUGCAAACAGAGCUGUUGAACUUUAUAACUUUAUUUGUCAAAAAGAUUCAAGCUGGAGUUUGCAACAGCCUCCAUCAGACUUUUCAAGAAAUAUGGGACUCAUUUUAUCAUCACUACACUGACGAUGUUUGGGGCUCAGACAGCCUACUCUGAGUUUAAAUCUAGACUCCCCACUUCAGCCAGGCUUAAACGUAAUUUAUCUCUCAACCUUUAUGAGAGAUAGUUAUGCAUCAUUCCAGUCAUGUCUGGCAGAAUCGCAACCAAUUCUUUGGACAUCUACUUCUGAAACAAUAAAAAUAAACAUCAUUUAUACAUACA